UUCUCCUUUAUCAUUCCAUAUAGUAACUGCAUUCACUAUUGUUUCUUUUGCUUCUUUCUGAGUCAAUCUUCUACUUACUUCAACAAACCCUUUAUUGUUAUUAUUAUUAUUAUUAUUAUUAUUAUUAUUAUUAUUAUUAUUAUUAUUAACCGUCUGUUUUAAAAAUUGAUUUUUUUUUUAAGUGGACUGAUUAUCAAAGAUGUAAAGCAUCCAUUUUCUAGGGUUAGAUAAGUAGUUUAUUGUUCUAUGUUAUUAAUUCUCAUAUUUUAGUGUUCAGUACUCUGUUAUUAGGCCACAUCUAUAUAGUAUAUAUUGAAAUUUUACUUAGUAAUGCCCUUGAUUUUUGGUGUAUUAAGGAUCAUAAAGGGAAACAGGAAUUCAAAAGAUAUGUCUAAUCAACAUUGCAUGUUGAAUUUCUGAUAUUGGAAAUGACAUUAAUACAUACUAUUUGAUAUUUUAAUCUGUGGUUUUGACCCUGGGAAACACGCACGCUCUUCGGAUAAGGUGUAUCCCGAUGUCAGACAUGUGUCUGUGUCCGACUCCGGCACUUAUUAUUACAUUGAAUUAUGUUAUUUUCUUAAAUUAUUAUCGGUGUCAAUUUGUCGAUGUUGGUGUAUGAUGUUUUGUGGUUGUGCUUCAUAGGUUUUGACUUUUUAUGUACUAUACAUUCAUGCGUCAAUUAUGAAUUAUGACUUAUGAUAUCAAAACUUUUAUCACAUUUUGGCUCUUGUUACAUACGUGCCUGCCCUGUUGAUAUUUAUUUAGAGUGACCAAGUGAAAGAUGGUUAUCCUUUUCCUGAUCCUUCUUACAUUGUCUCGUGUUGAUUUUAGUUUUUGUGUUUUGUAAGCUUCUAUCCAAGAAUUGUUGCUUAAUCACAACUUGGAUAUCUUUGAUUGUUUUGCAGACCUCAAUUUUCUGAACGAUUUCUGGUGUUGGAUUUAACAUAUUUAACUCUUAGAAAUACAAAUACAUACCAGAAACUUCCUAGGCGGUGAUAUUAAAAUGCAGUUAUAUCAUCAUCCAUUUGAUUUGGACAGCCAGAAAGUGAGACUUGCAUUGGAAGAAAAAGGCAUUGAUUAUACAUCUUUCCAUGUCAAUCCCAUAACUGGCAAGAACUUUGAUUCCACAUUCUUUCAGAUGAAUCCCAGCGGAAGCCUCCCUGUUUUCCAGAACGGCUCUCACAUCAUUUACAAGACUAUUGAUAUAAUUCAGUACAUAGAAAGAAUUGCUGUAGUCUCCGCAGGAUAUGAGGAUAUCAGUAGCAGUAGAAGUGAAGUGAUGGAAUGGAUGAAGAAGAUACAAGAGUGGGACCCUAAAUAUUUUUCCCUUUCCCAUAUACCAGACAAAUACCGAGUUUAUGUUUCCAAGUUCAUAAGGCGGGUGGUGAUUGCUCGUAUGUCAGAUGCCCCUGAACUAGCAGGUGCAUACCAUAGAAAGUUAAGAGAAGCCUAUCAAACAGAAGAAAAAUUGAAAGACCCUGAUAUUUUGAGAAGGAGCAGGGAGCAUUUGGGUACGCUGCUUGACGAAGUCGAGAGACAACUGAGUGAAACACCUUAUUUGGCAGGCGAAGAGUUUACCAUGGCCGAUGUGAUGCUUAUUCCGGUUUUGGUUCGUUUAAAACUCUUGGAUUUAGAGAAUGAGUACAUAACUGUGAGGCCAAACAUUGCUGAAUAUUGGAUUUUGGUUCAGCAGAGGCCUAGUUAUAGAAAGGUGAUUGGUAAGCAUUUUGAUGGUUGGAGAAAGCACAAAACAUUGUUCAAAACUUGGUGCUUUGUUCGUAUUAGAAAUUUGCUGAAGCGGUACUAGUGAGGUACGUAUAUACACUCAUGGUCGCCAAGAAAUGGUUGAAUAAGUAAAUACUCGAAAGAAAAAACUAUGUUUGUAGAUAAAGAAGAUUUAUGAGAAACCAUGUUCUAUCUUUCUAUUUUUGUUGAAAUAGAAGGGGGAUUCUUUUUUCUUUCUCCCUUACUGCUUGGUGAUGUUAGUUGUUAGUACUGAGAUUGCAUGUUAGUGGUUUGUCUCCAAAAAAUCUUUGGACUCAGUAUUGAAACAAUUCACUUUGCUAUUCUCCUUCAUUGUCAAAAGAAAAGAAUAGGCAAAUUUGUGUGUAUUCAAUCAAUUAGCAAAUUCUAUGCAAUGUGUGUAUAUUGAUGCUUGUUGUGACACUAGUUUUGGUAUGUGUAACACUAUUAAAAGCUAAAUAGCAAAUUGAUCAAGGUGUAAUAUAUCUUUGUCCUUGCUUUAUUACUAAUCAAA